AUGUGGGCAGUAUGGGCAGCCAUCUGCUUGGCUGGUAUGGUGCCCGUCCACUCUCUCUUCCCAGGAGCGAUUCCUGACGAAGGUGAUGUCCGUCACCUGUAUCCAGUGACGCAGAUCUCGAUGGGACUGGACAACCACGCCCAUGCUGUACCGUACCUUCUCGGUUGGUUGGAAAACAUUGAUUAUCCGAAAGAUCGCAUUCAUGUGAUGAUCUACCUACUAAGUAAGGAAGAUACCACGGGUGAUCAGGUGAAAUGGUAA